AUUCUACGCUGUCAAACGAGUUGUUACAUGAUUUACUACAUAAAUCGUCUUCGCAUGCAUAUGUAUUGUGUUUAAUGUUUAAGUAACAUACGAUUUAAUACUGUCUCACGUGGAAAUGUCAUUCUUAAGGAAUAUUUUAACACGUUGACAUUAUGGCGGGUUCUAUCGAGGAAAUAAGAGAGCCACUAUCCAUGAAUAACAAAGGAUAUGUGGCUCCAAGGACAUCAAUAUCCUAUGAAGAAAUAGCCACAAAGCUUCUCAACGAGAAACUUUUUUUAACGGCUUUAGAGUUACAUGCUGAAUUAUGUGAAACUGGCAAGGAACUGCCCAUUCUUAAGGAGUUUUUUUCAAACCCGAGUAAUUUUGAGAAUUCCAGUAUCAAGCCAGAGCCAUAUAUACCGAUGCCCAGAUCUUCUAGUCAGGCAACUUUGGAUUCUUUGGACAUGACUCGAUACUCAGAAGAUGGAGCUGGUGUUGAUGAGCGAGUGGCCAUUCUCGAAUUUGAAUUGCGGAAAGCCAGAGAAAAUAUUUCCGCACUGCGUGCUAAUCUAACUGUAGUAACAGAGUUGGAAGGUACACUGAAAGCACCAGACAAGAGUUCUGAAAAAAAUAUGGCUACUGAACCUCCUAUAAAACCACACGAGCAGCGAGCGCUAAACUUUCUUAUCAACGAAUAUUUGCUGGCAAGAUCUUACAAGCUCACUUCAAUUACCUUUAGUGACGAGUGCGAGGAUCAGGAUUUCGAAGACUGGCAGGAUGUAGGAUUAAAUAUUCCUAAACCUGUAGAAUUACUGCAGAUAUAUCGAGAAUAUAUGAGAGCUAAUGGAUAUGACAAACCUCCAUCUGUAAAUGUCGCUGUGCAAACGGACUUUGUCAUCGAGGAAGUUGAGGAGCAGAAGGAUGAAUCUCAAGAAAUGAUGGAGCUGAUCGAAACAUUGCAGCAACAAGUUGCUGUGUUAGAACAAGAAAAAGCUGCCUUGCAAGAAAUUAUUUCGUCAACUAAAGAGAAUAUUGCAGAAAAUCCAAUCAAGUCAGGCAGCUGCGGAACUAUCCGUACCAUCAAUUCCAGCUCUACAACUCCUGAUAAGUUCGAAUUGCUUGAAUCACUUCCAAGGGACAUGUCGACCACCACUCAGGAACCGGAAGAAGAUGACAGCGCUUCUGUAGUGGUUAGUUUGGACGAAACAGAUCCGGGAGACAAAGAAUGGACCAGACUGCAAUUACCCAGAAUAAAUGUUACAGAGAGAUCUGUUUUACAAACUGCAUCCUCCAGAGAUCUUCCGACAAAGUUCAAAUUAGAGAUAGCGACGCAUUGUUUAGCGAAUGUUUCGGGACCAGUGAUAUCUUUGGUGGAGGAACCAUUGAAGCGCGGAGUCACUCGAGACACGUUGGUCGAGAUUCUGGCGUAUACCUUGCCGCGAAUAAUGCCCAACAUUAUUCUCAACAAACGCGAAGAAGUUAUACCUUUGAUACUUAGCGCGAUCCACUUACACUCCAGUUCUAGCGAGAGGGAAAAGUUGCUGCAAUUGCUGUUCAACUUGAAAAAGAGACCGAAUGAGGACGAACGGCAAAUGAUAUUAGCCGGUUUAGUCGUAAUGGCGAAGCUUACGGAGGAACCGCUGGAGGGCGAAGAAAUUUUGACAAUUUGUUGGGAACAGAGUCAACACAAGUAUCCUGAAAGAAGAUUAUUAGCUGUCGAAUGUUGCUCCGUGCUGGCGUCUUAUACGUCAGCUUCCAUCAGGAAUUCACUGAUGCUGUCAAUGCUGCAGCAGAUGCUGUUGGAGGAUAAAGAUCCUGUCGUUCGAGUCAGCGUGGUGAGAAGUCUUGCGCUGCUCAUAGCUUUAAUGGACGAUCCUGACAAAUAUUUCCAGUGCGAGGAACUGACGUUAACGGCACUUUACGACACAUCGUCAAUGGUUAUUGAAACGGCAUCGUCGGUAUUGUUGCCAGUUCUGGCGCAGUGGGCGUUAUCUUUAAAGCGGUUGCAUCUGAAUCUCCUGCCACGCAUAAUCUCGAAAGUGAAGAAACAGCUGAAGUCGAUACAUUCCUAUGCUUCGCCGAACAAGGACUUUGUUGAGGAGGAGAAGCUGGUGCCAUCGAUUGGUAUCUUACAGUGGAUUUUGCCAUACACAGUCUUGUGCGUCGCCAACACCGAUGAGGUGUUGGCCUGCAUCGAGGAUGGGACAUCAUCGGAUUUGUCCGAGGAAUUUCUGGCCUUAUGUCACUCCAAUAUCAUCGACCCGAGGAUAUUCUACGAGGGUUCCGUCGACGUCGGCGUCCUUCUUAACACUUUCUUCUUCACGUCCUGGGAGGAUGCGUCCUGGCCGGAGUUAGAAUGGUUUACGAAAAAAUUUGUAUUUGAUGUCCUGGAAAUGGUGAAGUCUGUAGACGCGGCGCACGAAAAUGUUUUAAAAAUACUUCUUACGUACGUUCAUUCGUUGUGUGCGGGCUUCGGAAGAUACAUCACACAAUCCAGGAUACAAGUGAUGUUUUUCCCGGAAGUAUUGGAACUUGAGAGGCAACUGACCGCACUAUCGACAGAUAAGAAGAACAUGAGUCUCUUUUUGGUCCCGUGUUAUUUGGUGAUUCUAAGCACUCUCGAUUCCACGGAGUUCGCGAACUAUUUCAAACAGUUUCUUGUGGUUCUAUCUAUGAAUCACGAAAUAUCCUGGCUGCAGCUUGCCAUAAGCAUUUUAUGCACUUACGAACACAUACAAGAACACGUGCUUGCCAGUUUAUGGGAUGGUGUAGUACAUCAGCGAUCCAUUGUAAGAUGCGCAACGGCAACGUUAUUCGGCUCCGCCAUCACAUACGUCUCGGACCAGCUGAUAAACGCUAAGAUCGUGCCAGCCAUCGUAACGCUCGCCAGCGAUCCCGAAGUUGGCGUGCGUUGCAACGCAAUCUCCUCGCUGGGGCGUAUAAUAACGGAAUGUAAAGUGAGGGAAGCACGCGAUAAAGCACGAUUGACAUUAGAAACGAUCACGAAGGAUCCUCAAGGACUCUCUCAAACUCUGGCGACGUCACUAGUGUCCACAUUCACAUUUAUCGCCCCCACUUGUCCGCAGAAUUACAUAGAAGACGUAAUAGCGACACAGUUAUCCUCGAUUGCUUCGUUCGCGCUUCAACAGAGCCGCAAGAUCGAAUUAGUAAACGCGUUGGUGGAGGCGUAUUCAGUGCUGGUCUACUGCCCGUUAAGUAGUCAAUGCGUUUCCGGAGUAGUGCUUCCGGGAUUGCGGCAUGUCGAGACGCUGGUAAAUCAGUGUCUGCCGCAGCAAAAGGAUACGGUGCGUUCACUGCUCAGGGAAGCGGAAUCCAAGCAGGACUUGUCGAAGCCGGCGGAGAGAACACUCUCGCCGAGUUCCGGCCUCUCUCUGUCUAUGGCAACGGUGAAUGUCGGCCAGGGUGUGGAGGAUAUGCGUCAGAGGAUGAGCAAGAUCUUUCAGCAGAAAUCUGGAUCGCCGAGUAUGCCGAAUAUCUUCCGCAAGAAAUAACUCUCUCGUCAUCUUAUAGCGAAAAAUCGAACAGCUCGAAUAUUGAAACUUUAUCGCGAUUGUUUCAUCGAUCAAGGAUGAGUGAAACAUUCGCAAUCGUAAGGUUGUUAUUAAAACGUAAAAUGUAUAAUGUUGUUUUAACGAAUGUUAACUUAUUUUUUUAUCGCGCUAGCUAUAAGUGACGUGUAAAUUAUUUUGUUUAAAAUAUCAACGAUACAAGAAAUUCAAGAGUGAACAAUACGAAUUUUUGUAAAAGUAUCCAUUUGUCAGUUUUUCACGCUCGCAACAUUUUCCUGCUCCAUCUUUCCGAUGAUCCCCGCCAUCACUUACAUUUGACACCAGAAAAAGAAAGAUUCAAGACGCAGUUGUUAACAGUAAUUAAUGUUUAAUUUCGAAAUCUGUCAUUUUACAUAGUAAUAAACAAACGUCAUAGAUCAUAUCAUAUAUCAUAUCAUAUAUAUAUAUAUAUUUAUAUAUAUAUAUUCGUAUAUUAUAUAUAUAAUACAGUGUUUUCCUCGUAGAAUAGUUUACAAAAUCAGACUUUCUAGGAAUACACAUCCUGUUGCGUUCUGCUCUUGCGGUUUCUAUUUUUUCUUUUAUUUUCUUUUUAUAUAAUCACAGCUUAUCCUGAUGCGUCAACGAAACGUUGCUAUUGUAUUCUUUUCCUUUUGCGGUUGAUAAUUAAUCGACAUAAUCGCCAGAGAGAUAUCGUUGCGACGCACUAUCGAUCCCAAAUGGACAAUCGCGAGAUCUACUCUCGCGCGGUGCAAUUUUUGAAAAAACUCUCAUUUAUUAUGCGACGCCGAUUAUUAGUAUUUUCGAAGAUUACUUAAAAAAAAUAUCCGGUCACGAGAGACCAGGCAACGACCAUCUAGGAGGAUCUGAAGCUCAGUCUACUAAAAUUGAUCAGCGUGGUUCUAUAAAAAUCACAUAAGUAGCACACAAUUAGCCAUACGCUUAAAUUAACAGGCAAAGUACUUUCGAAAUAUCUCGUUUAUAAUUCUUCCCCUUCUUUCUUUCUCACCUAGCUCGCCUAAAAUUCAUUGCUCGAGAAAUGCCGUUAAUCGCGCGGGCCAGUAUCUUGUCUUUUUAUUUCGCACCAUUUAACUUCUCUCUCUCUCUCUCUCUCUCUCUCUCUCUCUCUCUCUCUCUCUCUCUCUCUCUCUCUCUCUCUCUCUCUCGCAAUUAGUAUCUAUAGUAUUAUAGAUGUCCCUCACUCUAAUUUUCGUUAACCAGCUACACUUGUUUUUUUUACACCGCGUUUUUUGUUUCCAUAUACACGUAUUGAAAAAGCAACAAACGAGAGUACGCGUCGUGUACGAAAAACGGAACGAAAGAGAAAAGAAUAAACGGAAAAAAAAAAAACAACCAAAGAACCCGUGUUAAUCCGAAAAAAAGGAAAAUCGAGGUCAUUUGAUAAAUCGUUAGAGUCGCUUAUGUGGUAUGUGACAAGGCGCGCGAUUACGCGAAUCGUUACUUUUUUUUGUUUCUCUCACGGAUCUUGCGACGAGAAUUACAAAUCGCAAUAAUAGAAUCGCGAACGGUAAAUCGCGAAAUUACAUUACGCACACGUACAUCAACGUAUGUAUAAUAAUAAUGCUUAGCCUAUCCCGUGUGUGUCUGUCUCUGUGUGUGUAUGUGUGUGUGUGUGUGUAUGUAGUGGUAGUAGUAGUAGUAGUAGUAGUAUACAUAUGCGUAUAUAAUAUAUAUACAUUGAAUAUUUUACUACAAUCGUUGGAGAGUGGCGGCGAAGCGAAACCGCGUCCCGGAGAGAACCGCGCGCGGCUCAUCAAAAAAAAAUAUAUAUAUAUGUAUAUGUAUAUCGCCUCGUAUAUUUAUACUAUUAAUGAAUCGCGCUGUAGGACUCGCCUAGAGCACCACCGUGUGCGAAUUGAAACGAUCCAAACCGCCCCAAUCCGGCACUUCCACGUCGUCGACGAUCGACGAUCGACGAUCGACGAUCGACGAUCGAUCAUUCUCCGGCACAUCCGCUACUUCUCUUGAAUGCAUAGGGUGCUUCAUCGGAAACUGCUAACUGGAAUAUCUUUCUUUCUCUCCCUCUCUCGCUUUCACUCUCUCUCUUUCUCUCUCUCUCUCUCACUCUCGCAACGAAAAUGCAGUGGACAAAAGUUAUGUCAAUUGAUUUCUAAAGAAUACUACGCGACGCACGAAAGACGUUUCCGAUAUCACCUGCUUCUUUACGAGUUCGAGAGAUUCGUUGAUCCUGCCUGAUGAAAAAUGUUCAAAUCAUGAAGGGGCUCGCUUUUCAAUUUACUUGCACUUAAUCCUUAGAUGACGCUUGAAUUUUAGAUCCUUCGACAAACUUUUUGAAUUUUCUUUUUUUUCGUCCUUUUUUUUUUUGUUUUUUUUUUCGAAUUUUUGAAUGUUUAAAAUUGCUGCUGUAUUAACGAGAUAUAAAAGCAUAUAUAAUUCUUUCUUAUUAUAAUACAACUACGUUAAUGCAUCUUUAUUACAGGAGCAAUAAGUCUUAGAAUUCCUAGAUUGGCUAUACUCUAAGAAUCUGAGAGUUCAAAACAUCCAAACGAUUCAUAUUUCCCAAUGUGCGCAGAAUCAACCUCGCCGAACUUAUUUAUAAAGAAAAACAAAAAAAAAAAAAAAAAAA